AAAUUUCACUUUCGCUCACCCCUGUGCGCUGGACAUUUGUCUGUUUUAUUAUGUACAUUACGAAAAUAAAGCACCGACAUCGAAUAAACGCCGUCGAUUCCUCACGGCUUACUGUUGCUGAUAAACAUGGCGUCUCAUUAUUCCUCGUCUGCCAAGAUAAAAUAAGCAGAUAGGCUGAGCAUGAACACAGGCGAUGUCCCGGCCACUGUGACCCUUGAAUCUGUCAAUUCUGUCACAUUUACCCAGGACACUGAUGGAAACAUCAUUCUGCACUGCCCUCAAAAUGAUGGGGAGGACUUGGGUUCAGACGGGACCACUGAACCGGUUCACAAACGAAUACGAUUGUCCAGUGAGGAUGGAGAAGAUCCUCAGGACUCUGCCUCAACUGAGUACUCUGUUGUCACCCUGCCAAUUACAGAAGGAGAUGAAAGCUUUGAGGUGACAAUGACUGCGACAGAGAUGAGAGACGAGGAGCUGGAAUCAGAUGAUCUUUCUGAAACCCCGGGUAAGGAUUCUGCUGCACAGAAGAAAGGUGAAGAUGUAUCAGCUGUCAGUCAAGCUUGGUUCACCACAAAAGAGGAUAAAGACACACUGGUCAAUAAGGGUCACAAAUGGAAACAGGGUAUGUGGUCAAAAGAAGAGAUUGAUCUCCUGAUGACCAACAUAGAGCUUUAUCUAAAGAACCGAGGGAUUCAAGACCCUGCUGAGAUCAUCUUUGAGAUGUCCAAAGAGGAGAGAAAGGAUUUUUAUCGCAGUAUAGCCUGUGGUUUGAACAGGCCGCUGUUUGCUGUAUACAGACGUGUGUUGCGAAUGUACGAUAACCGCAACCACGUAGGCAAAUACACUGAUGAGGAGAUCAAUAAACUGAAAGAACUAAGGCAGAAACAUGGAAAUGACUGGGCCACCAUUGGGUCGGCUCUUGGCCGCAGUGCUUCAUCUGUGAAGGAUCGCUGCAGACUUAUGAAAGACACGUGCAACACCGGGAAGUGGACGGAGGAGGAGGAGAGGCGGUUGGCAGAGGUGGUGCACGAGCUGACGGGCACAGAGGCAGGUGAUGUUGUAACUCAGGGAGUCUCCUGGGCGUCAGUGGCUGAACUUGUCGGCACUCGCUCAGAGAAACAGUGCCGCUCUAAAUGGCUUAACUACCUAAACUGGAAACAGAGCGGAGGCACAGAGUGGACCAAAGAAGAUGACAUCAACCUCGUUCGCAGGAUAGCGGAGCUGGAAGUGGAGGAUGAAAAUGAGAUCAACUGGGAUAUUCUGGCUAGCGGAUGGAGCAGCGUUCGCUCGCCUCAGUGGCUGCGGAGCAAAUGGUGGACCAUCAAAAGACAAGUGGCCAAUCACAAGGAACUUCCCUUUCCUGUGUUGCUGAAAGGGCUGCAGGAUGUUGUGGAAGCACCGCCGUCUACCAUGAACAAGGUAGUGGUGGUCGGUUCAAGAUCUGCUAAUGCUUCGCCCAGCCCUGUCACCGCUCUGCAGAUCCCGGUCCAGAUCCCAGUGCAGAUCACACACGUCUCUUCUUCAGAUGGUUCGAGUGGUACUUCAGACAGUGAAACGAUCACAUUGAACUCCGGAGCUUUACAGACCUUUGAAUUACUGCCUUCAUUUCACCUGCAGCCCACCGGCACCCCUGGAACAUAUUUCCUCCAAACAGGAACCAAUCAGAGCCUGCCACUUACGCUGUCAGCCAAUCCCACAGUCACACUCACAGCUGCCGCUUCACCAUCUUCACCAGACCAGAUCAUACUACACAGCCUCACGACUGACACAGAGAAUGUGACCGUUCAGAUGUCCCACCCCGGCAUCAUCAUCCAGACAGUGACAUCAGAGGACCUGGCAGACCCUCUUGGCCAAUCAGAGCUUGAGGGAGAGCAGGUGCUGGUGAAGGAGGAGCCUUCAGAAAACCAAACCAACCCUGCAAUAGAGGAACCCAAUGGGGAACAUUCAAAACAAGGAGAAAAGACUCUGGACCCUUCUAAAGUCGUGGAGACCGUGCUUAUGGUCCCAUCUCCAGGUAGCUUUAUUCCCACUAACGAGGACAUCAGCAGCGAUUCGGUCCUGCCUCUUGGAACACUGACAGAUCCCAUUCUGGAGAACCAGGAAGACGGAUCAAACUGAUACUGGAGCAACAUUAAAACCUGGACAGAAAUUCAACACAACAGCAACACAAAACACAGACUUUAGAGGACCCGUUCCCUCAUACAGGGACAAACGCAGCAUGCAGGAUCAUCCAGACAUCAUGUGUGUGCACAUGCCAACACUUUCUCAGUAUUUAUUAAUCAUGCAAGUUUCUGAGCCUCCCAGUGCAGAUGAAAGGGAUAGUUCACACCAAAAAAACAAACGUUUACUCCCCCUUAUGAGUUUCUUUCUUCUGUUGACCACAAAAGAAGAUGUUUUGAAGAAUGUUGGAAUCUGGUAACCAUUGACUUCAAUAGUAUAUUUUGAAUGAACUAUCCCUUUAAAUACUCUAAUGAAGCGACACUUGUUUUUGUUAUGGUGUAUUUAAAAUGACGUAAUACGUUUAUUUCUUACAAAUGUUGUUUUUUUUUGUGUAUGUAUAUCUUAUUUUGAACAGUUUUUGUAGCCUAUGUUCUUGCUUAACAGUAAUACUUGAUAAAGCCACACAAAGCUGCACUAUUCUGACGUUACAGAGGUUGUUAGACAAUAUUUGCAUCAUUCCAAAAUGUCCAUUAGACUAGAUGGCCAUAAUUUAUCAAAUGGUUUGAAUAUAUUAACCUUACCUGUAUAUUAGUGCCUCUGUGUUUAUUUAUUGAAGAAAUAAAAUGUCACCGCUGA